AUGGGCACGGUGCUCUCCCUGUCCCCCGCCGCCUCCUCGGGCAAGGGGGGCGGCGGCGGCGGGGGGCUGCUGGCCGACAAGGCGCCGCCGGGAAGGGCGCCGGGCAAGGGCGAGAGCCGGCUGAAGCGGCCCGGGGUGCUCAUCUCGGCGCUCACCUGGAAGCGGCUGGUGGCCGCCUCGGCCAAGAAGAAGAAGAGCACCAAGAAGGUGACGCCCAAGCCCGGCGGCGGGGCCCCGGGGGGGGUCCCGGGGGGCCAGCCCGACCCGCUGGUGGCUCAGCGCAACCGCGAGAACUUGCGCAAGUCGCUGGGGGACGGAGCCAAGCAGGGCCCCCUGGCCGUGCCCGUGCCCACCGUGCCCUCGGCGGCGCCGCAGGAGCCGCACCCGGGCUCCGGGGGGGGCAAGCCGCCGCCGCCCCCCCCGCCGCCGCCGCCUCCUCUGCCGCCGCCCGGUAGCCGGGCUCCGGGCUCGCCGCGCCGCGUGGUGGUGCAGGCGUCCACCGGGGAGCUGCUGCGCUGCUUGGGGGACUUCGUGUGCCGCCGCUGCUACCGGCUGAAGGAGCUGAGCCCCGGCGAGCUCAUCGCCUGGUUCCGCAGCGUGGACCGCUCGCUGCUGCUGCAGGGCUGGCAGGACCAGGGCUUCAUCACCCCGGCCAACCUGGUGUUCGUCUACCUGCUGUGCCGGGAGGCGCUGCGCGGGGAGGAGAUCGGCAGCCAGGCCGAGCUGCAGGCGGCCUUCCUCACCUGCCUCUAUCUCGCCUACUCCUACAUGGGCAACGAGAUCUCCUACCCGCUCAAGCCCUUCCUGGUGGAGGGCGACAAGGGCCGCUUCUGGGAGCGCUGCCUGGGCAUCAUCCAGCGCCUGAGCGCCAAGAUGCUGCGCAUCAACGCGGACCCGCACUACUUCACGCAGCUCUUCCAGGACCUCAAGAGCGAGGGCGAGGCCGGAGACGGGGCCAAGCACUGGACGAUCAGCCUGGACCGCUAG